AUAUGUAAAGGAAUAUUACUUUUAGGUCCCUUUAACAUAAUAAUGUAAGAAAAUAAACAGUGAUUUGAGGCUGCAUUUACUAUUAAUUUGCUGAUUGAAAAUAUUGGAUUUUUCGAAAAUAUAUUUUUGAGCCUUCUCGUUAAGCUCUAGUAGAAUGCCUGUUUUUUUUCUUCGAAGGUUGGCAAGUAUGAAGAUGUUAUCUUUUAAAUGAAGACAUUUUUCUAACACUUUCCUGUAUUUUUCUUUCUUUUUUUUUCUGUAUUGUAAAUGUACUUAGCUAUGGAUUUAAAAAAACCAUAUAAACAGUACAUGGUGGCAGAAUUUGAAGACGGGUUAGAAGUUGUGCCUACUAAAUGGAGGACAUCAAAAAACCACUGCCUUUUCCCAAACACUACAUCUGCAAAUCGGAUGACUAAAGCAGCGAAAAAUUUGGAAGACCCCAAAGAAUCAUGGGCGACAUAUAGAAUGAAGAAGAUAUAUGCAUAUUCCAAUUCUUAUGCAGGAGCACUUCGAAAGAUGGAAGUUGGGUGCUACCAAUCAGAUGGCUUUUCCAGCACAGAGAAUGAAAAUGGAAGGGAUGAGACUGAUUAUGAAGAAGUGGACGAAAUAAAAAAUUACCCCCAGGUCCCCAGCUUGCGUGGAGAGGAAGAUAGCUUACCAGAAAAUUUAACAGAAGAGUCUUUUCGACAACAGCUUGACCAGCCAGAACCUGUAGCAGCUGAGAAAAGUGUUACUGCCACAGAGCUGAAGGAAAUUCUUCGCUGUACCACAAUCAACAAGUUCAAAAUAGACACAGUGCAAGACAGACAGCUGGAAAUCCUCACAAAAUUGGAUUUGAUCCUCAAUAAAAUAGGAGAGCAGGGCAAGGAAAAUGUUCCAGUUCCCGCUGCUCCAGACCUACCCUGCUUUCCUAUUUCAUCAGAAGAGGAUGUUCUGAUCUUGGAAGAAAAAUUGAGUGAGGAGGAAGUUCGAAAGCACAUGAUCAGAGAGCUGCAGAAGUUUGGGGGUGCCCACCUGGCAGAAGUGGUUAGGAGAAUGUUGGUCUACCUUCUGACGGAUGAAGUGGCAGAGAAGUACAGCUUCAUGGGCCUAAAAGGAAAAAUGCAGUUUUCCUCUCUAAAACUGUGCAGCCUGAUUAAUGGCAAGUGUCUUAAUAAUGUUUGAUUAUUUUCCUAUAAAGAUGUACUUAUGUCUGGUAUAUUUGUUUGUUUUCCAGUUCCAGAAUGCUAAUGAGAAAUAGCUAAUUCCUCUGUUGUGUCCG